AUGUCCCAAAUCCUCAUCACUGGCGGCACCGGCUUCCUCGCCAAUACUCUAAUCGACGUGCUUCUCUCGCGCGGCCACAACGUAAUCACAACAGUCCGCAGCGCAGAAAAGGCCUCCCAGCUCCGAUCCCUCCGUCCAGAUAUUCCUUCACACCGGCUCACCAUCAAAAUCGUACCCGACAUCUCCCUCCUCUCUGCUUUCGACUCCGCCGUGGUCAAUAAUCCCCCUCUAACAGGGGUAAUCCACACCGCGAGCCCCUUCCACUACAGCAUCGACAACAUCAAAAAGGACAUGCUCGACCCGGCUGUCAACGGCACGAUUGGGAUUCUCCGCUCAGUGCAUAAAUAUGCGCCCACUGUCAAGAAAGUCGUGAUUACCUCGUCGUUCGCGGCGAUGUGGAAUCCCAGUAAACCUGCUGGAAGCAAGUACUCCGAGAGUGACUGGAAUAAUGUUACGUGGGAAGAGGCGGUUAGUCCUGCGAAUGCGCAGGGGCAGGCAGGGUAUCGGACGAGUAAGGCGCUUGCGGAGCGGGAAGCGUGGGGGUUUAUGGAGAGGGAGAAGCCGUCGUUCGGGUUGACUGUUAUGAAUCCUUCGUUGAUAUUUGGGCCUGUGGUGCCAGGGUCGUUGAGGAAUCUGGGGGAGGUGAAUACGUCGAAUACGAGGAUUAGGGAUUUCGUGGCGGGUAGGUUUAGGGAGAAGUGUCCUCCUACUGGGAGUGCGUUUUGGGUGGAUGUUAGGGAUGCGGCGAUGGCGCAUGCGGUGGCGUUGGAGAAGGGGGGGGAGACGGAUGGGAAGAGGUAUUUUUUGACUUCUGGAGGGUUUUGUAAUAGGGAGAUUGUGGAGGUCAUUGGGGAGGAGUUUCCGGAGGUUAAGGGGGGGUUGCCGGUGGGUGAGGCGUUGAGGGAUGGGGAGUAUCCUGAGGGAGGACCGAAGUAUGGGUUUGAUAAUGGGGCGUCGGUUAGGGAUUUGGGGUUGGUUUAUCGCGAGUUGAGGGAGAGUGUGAGGGAUACGGUGCUUAGUUUGAGGGGGGUUCCGGAGUAA